UAGGUGUGUAAUCACCAGGGGGCGCUCGGCGCGCUUUCUGUCCCCCCGCAGACACGCACAGAGGUGGAAAUCAGCGGGGCGGUCACAGGCCACCCGUGACUCCCGCUCUUAACUUCAAGCGCCGUUAACUUAAAGAUCUCUUCAUUAUUUCCUGUCCUCUGAGCAGAGAGCUGCUGUGACAGGCUCGAACAUUAGGAGCCUACACCUAGUGCCCGAGCCAAAUCCUUGACCCUCGCUGAAAUCAACCUUAAUUACGAUUAACAUGUUUUUUCUUGCAAGUUCUACAUCCUCGUUUUAAGGCUGUUGUACUAUAGCUGGCGCUUAUCUUUGAUUUCCGUCCUGAUUUUUUUUUUUUUUUUUUGCUCCACGGGCUGCGUGACAUGCUGAAGAAAUGGGCGCAUUUCCUGUAAAAUGUAUAGGGUUCUGAAAAGAAGCCCUGAAAGGGAAAUGAUUUUGAUACCUCUUCUGCACUGAUUGAUUAUUAGUCAUGCCCGCACUUUAAUGGGCUCCAUUCAAUUGGGAAGGUGGAGCACUUGGAUGAAUUAACAUACCCCCCCCCCCCUUCCCCAAUCUGUGCUGAAGUGUCUUUGAAAGGGGCAAGGAAAAGGGGGGUCGUGGCUUAACAUUAUAAAGGAAAAAAAUAAGACAGCAUCGCUUUCUCGCUGUUUGGAUCCGCUGUCUUGACAAGCUUUUGUUAGCCUAAAAAAUACGAAGAGCCGAAGGAGCAGAGGAUCUAGACGCGCUGUUUCUGGAGAGCACUGUUUUUACCUAAUCUAUUAAAGAAAAAAAUAUAUAUACAUAUAUACACCUAUAUAUAGGCUACAUUUUAUUUGCUCCACGUGAAAAUGAAACUUUUGCCUUUUUCUACUUGGUUGCCGUGCCUCUUGGUGUUCAGCUUGUGUCUGGGCUGCGAGUGCGGCGCUCUGAGGCGGACGGGCAGGUCUAAGAGAGACUUGGUGCGCGCGAGGGAGGCUGUCGGAGUCUCUCCCGGAGCGUGCGGCACGCGGCUGCCGCGGGGCAAGCGCUCUGUGUCCGGAACGGAGCGGCGCGCGGGCCGCCUGCACGCGCGUUUCAGUCAGCCGGGAGAGAGCGCGAGCUCAGCGCUCCGCCGCAACAGUGUUUACUUCAGCGGCAGAGAUCAACUGCGGCUUAAACCGAGCGUGGAGGUUCCGCGCGGUAAUUUCACCCUGGAGAUGUGGAUAAAACCUGAGGGCGGUCAGCGCUCUCCAAGUGUGAUCGCAGGGCUCUAUGACAAAUGCUUCUAUGCAUCCUGUGAUCGAGGCUGGUUACUAGGCAUCAGACCUGUUCAAGGAAACAGGGACCCUCGUUUCUUCUUCUCCCUCAAAACAGACCGAGCGCACAAGGUUACCACAGUCACCUCCAAUGCUCCCUACUCCCCCAACCACUGGCACCAUCUGGCUGUCACCUACAAUGGCCUCCAUAUGAAGCUCUACCUGAAUGGGGCUCAAGUGGCUGUAAGCCGAGAACAGUCUGGUGAGGUCUUUAGCCCCCUUACAAAAAAGUGCAAGGUGCUAAUGAUAGGUGGCAAUGCUCUCAACCACAACUACAGAGGGACACUGGAGCACCUGAGCCUAUGGAAAGAAGCCCUGGCCCAGCACAGAAUCAUCCAGUACAUGCAGAGCCCUCGACAUGAGUACCAAGAUGACCUUUCCCAAGUUGUCAUUUAUGAGAACUUUGAAAAUGCAUCUCGGAAAUGGCUGACAGUGAAAGAUGGGAGCUUUCCCCAAAUGGGGAUUUCUGACCGUACAUUGACAGCCGAUCUUGGUGGCUCUGUGGAAACUGCACUGGUUCCUCCACCAUGUGGACAGACAAUCUGUGACAAUGUGGAGGUAGUAACAAACUACAACCGCUUAUGGACCUUUCGCAAGCCAAAGACGGUGCGUUACCGAUUGGUGAACGUGUACGAUGAUGAAGGCCGGUGGCCAACGGUUACAGAGCACCAGAUCAACCUCCAGCACCAGCAUCUAAACAAAGCUUUCCGCAUCUACAACAUCACCUGGGAGCGCACUGUGCACAAUGUCUACAACUCCUCCUUACGCAACCGCCUGGUUCUUGCUAACUGUGACAUCAGCAAAGUAGGCGACGAAGAGUGUGACCCAGAAUGCAACCACACACUCACUGGUUUUGAUGCAGGCUACUGCAGGAGGCAAACCAUCAGCUGUCCUGAGCACAAAAUAGGGAACAAAGUGUGUGAUCCUGAGUGUAACUGGGAUAAUUUCAACUAUGACCAGGGUGACUGCUGUGACCCAAACAUCACUGAUGUCACAAAAACCUGCUUUAAUCCUGCAUCACACUACAGGGCCUACUUGGAUGUGAAGGAGUUGAAAGAGACUUUGCACCUGGAUGGGUCCACACACCUUAACAUCUUUUUUGCCAAUGCCACUGAUGAAGACCUAGCAGGCGAAGCCACAUGGCCUUGGGAUAAAGACGCCUUAACACAUUUAGGUGGGAUCGUGCUGAAUCCCUUGUUCUAUGGCACAUUUGGCCACACACACACCAUGAUCCAUGAGAUUGGCCACAGCCUUGGACUGUACCAUGUCUUCAGGGGGAUUUCAGAAAUAGAGUCAUGCAAUGAUGCCUGUCUGGAGACAGAACCCUCAUUAGAGACUGGGGACCUGUGUGCCGAUACAAACCCCACACCAAAGUAUAAAUACUGCAGAGACCCGGAGCGUGGAAAUGACACGUGUGGCCAGCGGCUCUUCAAGCACACACCAUUUAGAAAUUAUAUGAGUUAUACUGAUGACGUCUGCACGAAUUCCUUUACAAUGAACCAGGUGGCCCGGAUGCACUGCUAUUUAGAUCUGAUCUACCAGUCCUGGAGGGCUGAGAGUAAGCCAGCCCCAGUUCCUCUAGCUCCUCGAGUGAUGGAGCAAGGGCAAGACUCCCUCAUCCUAGAGUGGUUCCCUGCACUUACUGGUCAUUACUUUGACAGAGAAGUGGGAUCCUUAUGUGACAGAUGCACUGAAGGAAGAGUGUUCCUGCAAUACGCCUCAAACUCGUCCUCCCCCAAACCCUGCGCUCCAUCAGGACACUGGAGCCCGCGUGAGGCAGAGGGUUCACCAGAUGUGGAGCAGGUGUGUGAACCCAGUGUGCGUACCUGGAGUCCCCAUGCUGGCCUUGACUCCCGCAGUGUGGGCUCUGCUUCUUGCCCUCCACAAGGCUGCAUGCUCCACCUGAACUUCACCUACCCACUUGUGCCAGAUUCGCUCACUGUCUGGGUCACGUUCUUCUCAGCAGAAGAGAGUGACCUGGCUGCCAUCCACAACAUCCUGCUACUGACACUGAGCGGCAACAAUGUGUCUCUGGGUCCACAGAGCAUCUUCUGUGACAUGCCACUGACACUGAAGCUGGCUGUGGACGAGGAAGUAUACGGCGUUCAGUUCUUUACUAUGGAUCAGCACCUGGAGAUCGAUGCCACGCUGAUGGCCUCCAAACCAGGGCAUGUACUCUGUCAGCCUUGCCAACCCCUGCAUUAUAGGCUGAUGCGGAACCCGCCUUUCAGUCAUGCACCUCAUGGGGUGGUGCUCAUGGAGCCCAUGAGGAGAUUUAUAGACAGAGACAUAGAGUCUGGUGAGACGUACACCUACCAUGUGCUGACUGUUUCCAAGACAGCAGAAAGUGAGCCAUCUCCUCCUCUCAUACAUCAGCUGGGCUCACCAUACUGUGGAGACGGACUCAUCCAACAUUAUCUGGGAGAGCAGUGUGAUGACAUGAACUUUGCCAAUGGAGAUGGCUGUUCCAACCAGUGCAGAAAGGAAGCUUUGUUUAACUGUGUUGAUGAGCCCAGUCUUUGCUACUUCUAUGAUGGUGAUGGUCUUUGCGAGGACUUUGAGCGGGAGACGAGUGUGAGGGAUUGUGGGCUCUACACACCCAGUGGUUUCCUGGACCAGUGGGCCACAGGGGUGGAGGUUUCCGACGAGCACAGGGUACACUGCCCUGCAGAGGGGGCUGCUGGGUAUCCUGCCGUGACAAAGAGCUGUCUGUCGAAGGUGUUUGACCUGUCUGAUGGUGGGGUGUCCCAGUAUGCCUGGUUUCCAUGUGAGGAAUCACAGCGGCACAGCUGGAAUACUCAGUACAGGUUAAAGGCGCACUAUUCCCACCCCAUGGUAGCUGCUGCUGUGAUUAUUCACCUGGCUGCAGAUGGGACCAUCUACAGUGAUCAGACGCAGAGCAAUGUCACUGUCCAGCUGGUGGACACCAAGGAGCAGCUCCACAAUCUUGGCGAAUGGCGGCUGAGUUGCAGGAACAACCCUCUAGUGAUCCCUGUGAUUCAUGACCUGAGCAUGGCUUUCUACAGGACCAAGGCUAUUGUGGUGAGCUUCCGCUCAGCUCUGGUGGCCAUUUCUGGAGUGGGUCUGCGUUCCUUUCAGUAUUUUGACCCCAUCACAAUUAGUGGCUGCCAAAGCAAUGAGAUCUACAACCCCAUGGGCCAAAGUUGUGUGCAUUACUCAUGUGAUGCCAUUGACUGCCAGAAGCCUAUGGUGCAUAACGCUGGGAUAAAGUGCAGCAGUCCGGGUUACUUCAACGGUGUCCGCUGUACAGUCACCUGCAAUCGCGGAUACACCCUCAAAAUCCACAGAGAUGACGAAAUUAUCAAAACACAGUCUGACUCUAUGGCCACCCUCACUUGUGCCGAUGGGAAGUGGAACAAACAGGUGUCCUGUGAGCCAGUGGACUGCGGACGCCCAGACAAGUACCAUGUGCACCCGGCUAACUUCAGCUUCACUGAAGGCACCACCUAUGGCAAGAAGUGCACUUUCCAGUGUUUGCACCCAGCGCACCUGAUAGGCAGCAAUAACGUGCUGACGUGUAUGGAAGAUGGCUUGUGGUCCUUUCCAGAGGCUAUGUGUGAGCUGCGCUGUCCCAUGCCUCCUUCCAUCCCCAAUGCCAUCCUGCAAACCAAACGCUGCAAUGCCAGUGGUCUCAAAGUCGGCUCUUUCUGCAAGUACAAGUGCAAGCCGGGCUACCAUGUGCCUAGUGCUGACAACCCCAAAAGACGGUCGUUCACGCGACAGUGUACGGAGAACGGUACCUGGCAACUGGGCAUGUGUGUACCAGUGACGUGCGAGCCGCCACCACCAGUCUUCCAUGGCAGCUACCAGUGUACUAAUGGCUUCCAGUUCAAUAGCGAGUGCUGGCUGAGCUGUCCCGAGGCUGAUCACAUGACAACCUCCACCACUGUGAUCCGCUGUAGAAAGGACGGGAACUGGACUGGCUCUUUCCAGCUCUGCCCCCAGCUAAAAGGCCAGUGCUCCCUCCCUCAGAACCUGAGCCCAGACAUCAACCUCAGCUGCAGCAGGGGGCAUGGCAUCGGAGAGCAGUGUGAGCUGACGUGCAGAGAUGCUGGUAGCAUUGUGGUGCUCCUCCCCAGGAAUAUGACUGUGGAUGCCUUAGUGAAGGACCACUGGAGAAACCCACCCAAAGUUAAGAGUAUUGUAUGUACAAUUGUACUGAAGUGGUAUCCAAGCCCAGAGAUUCUCCACUGCAUAAAGGGUUGUGAGCCUUUCAUGGGAGAUAACUACUGCGAUGCCAUCAACAACAGAGCGUUCUGUAACUAUGAUGGUGGAGACUGCUGUCAUUCUACUGUCAAAACUAAAACGGUGAUUCCAUUCCCCAUGUCUUGUGACACCCGAGAAGACUGUGCGUGUCGAGACCCCAAUGCACAGGAGAACAAUAAAGGGAUUCGACACCGUACACUGGGCUGAGGCCGGGCCACUGGAGGUCCUCCUGGUACCUAACAGGGGAAAAACUGUAAAACAAAAAACCUUUCUCUCUCCAUGCUGCUUACUAGAGGGCCAUUCCACUCAUGCUGUACCCUGACAUGCCUGCCGAUGAGCCCUUGCCUAUGGUAUGCCGCUCAUCAAGCAAACAACACACUAAACUAUACAAUGCUAAAUAGGGUUCAAUUAUGGAUGGAAAGUGGAGUGUUUUAGGAACCAGCUCAAUAAAAAAUAAACAACCAUAGAUGUCAUCAGUAGAAGCUGGACACAAGCCUGUACUUGACAGUUUUAUUGUUUUGUAUUCCCUAGUCAUUAUUUGUAAGACACAACUGCAGCAAAGUAUUUAGAAAGCAACACAGAGAAAACCUUUUCAUGUUCUCAUUGUUUUUUUGUUAUGUUUUUUUUUUUUUAAAAGAAACCAAUUAUUAUGAAUAUGACCAAAAAAAAUCAGGAAAGAAAGGAUGAGAAAAGCUAGCAGUCUUGGAAAUUCCUAAGCUGACACUUCAGAGAAAUCACUUGAGCUAUUCAUAAAAAUUCUCCCACCCAUGUCCUUCAGUUUCCCACUGAUGUAUUUAACAACAAAUGGUCUGCUACAGCAUAGGAAAAGUAAAGUCCUCUUUAAAGGAGACUAGCACUUUCAAGGCAUUUUGACAAAUGUUCUUCAAGAGCCAAAAGCAGCACUGAGCUGCGUGAAACAUAGGAAACAUGAGGUGUCUCUCCGUGAUGGAUUGGAAGAUGAUGAGGGAAGCAAUAAAUCAGCAAAAGAAACCUGCAACUCACCAAGAAAUAUGCACACCUGAAUCUGAAAAGUAUCAACUCUUCUUAUUUUUAUUUUAUAGAAUGAAUGCCUAUCUCAAAAUAGACAUUCAUUCAAUAAAAUACAGCCUUAGAGAUAUGUGUAACUGAGAGCAAGGGAUCAAGAAUAAGAGAAGAAGGGAUAAAAGGGACAUAAAUACAGAAAGCACAGCUGUUGCUGCUAGAUUUCCUGCUCGGGCCAUGCAGGCAGAUGUCUCUGCAGAGUGUGUAUACAGUUUGCUCUUCAUCUUACCUCCUGCCAUAAUGCAGCUAUAUAUAUUUAAAGCUAUUUCAGAAAGCUUACACAACUCUGAAACAUGUUUAGGUAUUUGCUGUAUUUGUCAGACUGUCGGAUUUACAUAUAACACUUCUGGACUAUAUUUAUAUAUAUAUUGGCCUUCUAACAACAUAUUCAGCAAAACAUAUGUUUUAACAAUAAUCAUACAAAACUCCAGCACUGUCAUAGCAAGCAUAAUUUACAAAAUUGUAACCAGAUUAAAACUUGCAUGAUCAACUUGUCAGAGACAUGCUGCUAUGAGACCUGCUGACUGAUAGUGUUGCGCUGAGACACACUAACAGUACUAACUGUGUGAGUACUUUUGCAUUUAGGUAUAUGCAGUAUGUAAAUCCUUUUUCACCAUUAUAGUUGCAGCUUAUUUGAACUUUAUUUGACUGAGCCAGUUCAAAUGCUGAACAUUAUUCAAUGAUAAUAAUGACAUCAAUAGUCAUUAUCCCACCCUGACUAGAGUAGCCUCGCUAAUUUGACAACUUUCUGAGGUAAGCUUUGACAGAAACUCAAUUGAAUGUAUCACAGUAUACCAGUAAAACACAACAAAAUGUCAUGCAGAUGCCUCAUAAGUCUGAAUUUUGAUCUUACUAGAAUUACAGUAAGUUCGAAAGUGAAGGAAUGUAUAUCACCAUUUGCUUGGCACUAAUGUAACCUUCAAAAUUUCCACACUAAAUAGCCACAGUAGUAGUCAUUAGCAAAAUUAUAGAGGCAGAUACAAUAAUCAAAAGCUACUUAAAAGUGAACUGCUGAGUUUCAGCAUUAAACAUUGCUUUAUCAUGUCUACAGUAACUUUUUUGUAAGGAUGUACAAUUUAUUAAUUCAUUCAUUCAUUCCUUCCUUCCUUCCUUCCUUCAUUCAUUCAUCUUCAUUAACCUUUUUAUCCUGGUCAGGGUCGCGAUGGAUCUGGAUCCUGUCCCAGGAACACUGGGCAUGUGAUAGGACUACACCCUGGAUGGGACACCAGUCUAUUCUAGGGCAUUAUGCUCACACUCAUUCAUACACUCAUUCAGAGGGGCACUUUAGCAUAGCCAUUCCACCUACUGGCAUGUUUUUGGAAGGUGGGAGGAGACUGGAGAGCUUGGAGGAAGACAUGGGGAAAACAUGCAGAACUCCACACAGACAGUAACCCAAGCGCAGACUUGAACCAGGGACCCUGGUUUUGGGACUAAUGGCUAUAGUGACUAAUAAUGUACAACAACAACAAAAAAUUACAUUUUCCUUCAAAAUAGGCAGAAUUUAUGAGGUGUGUUUCAUGUUCCACGGUGACUUAUUGGCUGAAAAACAGGGUACCAAUUUGUACAAGUUUCCUCCUAAAGAUUAUCAUUGGUUCUCUGCAAAUAUACAACCUCCCCAUCGACCUGUCAUAGUUCCACUGUUAGCAUCAGAGCUUUAAAACUAAAUUCAGACCUUAUGAACAAUUAUCAUUUGUAGACUACUGCAAACAAGGUCAAACAAGGAUAAAUUAUAUUGUCAUUGAUAUGAUCUGUCUUGCAGUACUAACAGCAGUAAACUCACAGACUUUGCAGUUCAUGUUUACGCAUGAAAAAAAUCUAAAAAGCAAGUAGGUUGUAAUUCAUAUGGAUAUUAUGAAUAUUUUAUUUAGAGUAUCCCCUCUACUGUGCAUUAUCAGUGUAAGGGGUAUACAUAGAGAAAUUUUCAUUCAGAGGGGAGUUGAGAAUAUGAUUUCAGGUGUUUCAAGAGAUUGCAUAUAAUGUGUUAUCCUUAUAAUAUUUAGUAGAUUAGUCUAUAGCUGCAUUCCAAUCAGUAAUAUCUUGUAGCCCCAUGUGCACUUUCCAUCCAUGCAUGUGCACUAUCACAAUAUGACCUCAUCCAGCUGCAGAAUGGCAUAGAGACAUUUAUCUUGCACAGUGUCCAUGAACCCUGCCCCACACACUCACCACUGUGGCUUCCUCUUGUGCAUCUGUUACUGAUAAUGUGGGAACAGCAGUAGAUGUUGAUACAUAGCUGCAUAAAUGCAAGACUGCACAUUCAGCAGAGACUGGCUGUGUCAGUUCAACAUGUGAUCUCAGCAAAUAAGUUUUUUUAUGAAAUUAUUUGGAAGCAACUGUGACAACAGGAAUAAAUGGGACAGGUGGUCUUGAGCUAGACGUAGUAUGCAGAUUAUUUUAUCAUGGCUUUGGAUUUGGCGGUGCAUUCUUAAACUGUAUCAUUAAAAAUCUGUAUUUUUGUCAUUGAACUCAGUUACUGCACUAGUGUUUGUAAAAUUGUUUGUCAAUGAUUUAAAAAAUCUAAGAUAAAAAAAUAAGAUAUAUUUAACAUACAAAAGCUGCUAUGGUCAGACAGGUAAAUUGUAAUUAUUACAUGAACUAAUAUUCUUAGUGUAGUCCAUCAUAAUGUACUUAAACCUUUUUUUUUACUUCAUCCCUUUGAUAAAUAUUAGCACCUAAAUAUAAAGGUAGGAUGAAAUAACAAAAACUUAAAAAAGGAAAUCCAAAUAUACUCAGAAUACAGCUUUCUUCCACGGCUAUCCAACAGAACAACCCCAGCACCAAUAGUAAACGCAUGGCAAUAAAUAGAGUGAAAAGACCCUGUAGGUAGCACAGUAAAGUAGUGAGCUUAUUGUUCAGCAUUCAAACUUAGGACUGUUCUCAAUUUAUCAAUGUACCAUGUGAUAUUAAGUCUUUAUAAAUGUCUUUAUCCUCAGUGUUAGAUUGUAUGCUAUUGUAUGUAAUAAUAAAUACAAAAAUACUGCUGCUUUAUAUAUGUAUAUCACUUGGAGAGAGUGCCUAGGACAAAUGCCAGUACACAUGUAAUUUCACGAAGCAGUAUCAAAACCAGUUUCACUUCAGAAGGGACCACUUCUGUUAUUCUGCAGUAAAUGUCUGCUUUUAUUUUCUGCAAAAAAAAAAAGAUAUGUAAAUUCUGUUUUUUUUUCUUUUAAGCCAUGAAAACCUACAUUAAAACGAGUGAAGCCUGAUGUAAAUGUUGGAAGAUAAAACAUAUUCUACUGUAAAGUCAACAGGAUCCUUUUGCUGUACCUCAUGCUUGGAAUGUUUGCUGCUUACUUAUUCAGUAUUUUAGUAAUUUAAGUCACUUAGCAAUAUACAAUGUUGUAAAUAAUAUAAUUAUUUAUUAAGAAUGUGGGUAUUUUUAUUUAUAUUUACACAGUGUCCAUCUAAGUUAUUUUUGUAUGUCUCUGAUGUAAACAUUACUUGGUGUCAUUAAAAGUUUUGUGAGUUUUUUUUCCCCCUCUCACUCUCUCUGUCAGUUUAUCAUUUUUCAGUUAAAAGCUACGGGUCAUACCUUACAAACAAACUGAAGAAAUGACCCUUCUUAUAAUAAAUGUUUCUCUUCUUUAAGUGAAAUGAUAUAGAAAUGUCAGAUGGGAAAAGCUGCACAAAGCUCCCCUUUGCUCUAUUGAAGUCUUGACCUGUUUUAAAUUCAAUGUGUGUAUUAAAUUCAGGGGUCUAUUUCCUGCAUGCGCAUACAGACAUCCAUUUUGAAAAGAUCAGGGACUAAAGGUGUUCAUGUGGUCAAAUGUAAAUUGUUGAACAUGUGAUUAAAGCAGAGGAAGGCUGGAGGCAACUUAGUGGCUGAUAUUUGGCUGUGUAUAGACAAGCUCUUGUGCAGUUUCCCCCUGUGAGCAAAGAGCAGCACUGUCCAUUCAUUUUUAGCAUUGUGGACAGAUUCAUCCAACAUCCAACAAUCAUCAGAAUUAAUUUUAUGCUACUCUUUUUCCAGAAUAAUUUAUUGAUAUUAAAUAUCUAUUAAGUUAAAAUUGUUAUUUUAGCUGUCUACCACAGUAUAUUGGAGUUGAAAUUAAAUAAUGAAUAGGCGCUUCAAGCUCAGGCUUUCAUGUCUAAUUUUCAGGGAUUUAAAUCCAAAUCAGGUGAACGGUGUAGGAAUUACAGCAUUUUUUAUAUGUGGUCUUCCAGGUUUAAGGGACCAAAAGUAAGGACAAACUAACAUAAUCAUAAAUUAAAUUGUCAUUUUUGAUACUUGGCUGCAAAUCCUUCGCAACUAAUGACUGCCUGAAGUCUGGAACCCACAGACAUCACCAGAUGCUGGGUUUCUUCCCUGGUGGUGCUCGGCUGGCAUUUACUGCAAGGCCAUGUAUCUGGCCUUGGGGCUUUGCCUUUAACCAAGUAUCAGAAAUGACAAUUUAAUUAAUGAUUAUGUUAGUUUGUCCUUACUUUUGGUCCCUUAAAAGCAGGGAGACCACAUAUAAAAAUUGCUGUAAAUCAUACACCGUUCUACCAAUUUGGAUAUAAAGACCCUCAAGUUAAAGGUAGAAGUCUGAGCUCAGAUUCUUUAUUUAAUUGCUAUUUUGUUAUUGUUAUAACUCUAAAUAACACUAACUUUGUUGAUGUCCAAAUAUUUUCGACCUGACCAUAUAUAUAUAUAUGAUCAGCCAUAACAUUAUGACCACUGACAGGUGAAGUGAAUAAUAUUGAUUAUCUCGUUACAAUAGCACCUGACAAGGGUUGAGAUAUAUUAGGCAGCAAGUGACCAGUCAGUUCUUGAAGUUGAUGUGUUGGAAAGAGGAAAAAUGGGCAAGCGUAAGGAUUAGAGAGACUUUGACAACGGCUAAAUUGUGAUGGCUAGAAGACUGGGUCAGAGCAUCUUUAAAACGGCAGGUCUUGUGGGGUGUUCCCGGUAUGCAGUGAUUAGUACCUACCAAAAGUGGUCCAAGGAAGGACAACCAGUGAACUAGUGACAGGGUCAUGGGCGCCCAAGGCUCACUGAUGCACAUGGGGAGUGAAGGCUAGUCAUUCUUGUCUGAUCCCACAGAAGAGCUAUUGUAGCACAAACUGCUGAAAAGUUAAUGCUGGCUAUGAUAGAAAGGUGUCAGAACACACAGUGCAUCGCAGCUUGCUGCAUAUGGGGCUGAGUAGCCACAGACCUGUCAGAGUGCCCAUGCUGACCUCUGUCCACUGCCAAAAGUGCCUACAAUGAUCACAUGAGCAUCAGAACUGGACCAUAGAGCAAUGGAAGAAGGUGGCCUGGUCUAAUGAAUCACCUUUCCUUUUACAUCAUGUGUACGGCCGAGUGCAUGUGCGUCGCUUACCUGGGGAAGAGAUGGCACCAGGAUGCACUGUGGGAAGAAGACAAGCCAGUAGAGGCAGUGUGAUGCUCUGGACAAUGUUCUGCUGGGAAACCUUGGGUCAUGGCAUUCAUGUGGAUGUUACUUUGACGCAUACCACCUACCUAAACAUUGUUGCAGACCAAGUACACCCCUUCAUGGUAUUCCCAAAUGGCAGUGACCUCUUUCAGCAGGAUAAUGUGCUCUGCCACACUGUAAAAAUUGCUCAAGAAUGGUUUGAGGAACAUGAGAAAGAGUUCAAGGUGUUGACAAACAAGUCUGAUCCAUGGAGGCCCCAAAUCACAACUUACAGAACUUAAAGGAUCUGCUGCUAACGUCUUGGUGCCAGAUACCACAGAACACCUUUAGAGGUCUUGUGGAGUUCAUGCCUCGACGGGUCACAGCUGUUUUGGCGGCUCAAAGGGGACCUACACAAUAUUAGGCAGGUGGUUUUAAUGUUAUGGCUGAUAUAAUUAUAUAAUUAUUUUACAAAUUUUAAAAUAAAAAUAUUAAAACAAAACAGUCAAGCCAGCACAUUUAGAUCAAUCAAUAUUGAAUACCCCAUGCCUUUAUGUUCAACAUCAUGUAUGCAAAAUCUUAGAACUCUGAGAAAUGUGUUUUUAAAAAGUUUAUGAAAAUGUUUAAAAACAAGUUAUGCCAAAUAUCUAUAUAUGACAUGUUUUAUGUUCUUCUGUGUUUCAUAACAUAAAUAUGUAUUCUGUAAAGAAAUCAUUUUGCCCUAUUAUAAAAGAAAGCAAUGUGCCAAAGAGCUAUAGUUCUUCCUCCUGUCUGAUUGUAAGUGUGGCCAUACAAGUUGUAAUGCAAAAAGUUAGAAUUGUACCUCUCCUCUUCAUUAGCACUGGUCUCUAGAAGCACUGGUUAAACUUUAUGAACCCUCUUUUAUCUUACUACACAUCCAAUGCACUGGUUUGUGCACCAUUCUGUUUUUUGUCUUUUCCUUUUAGCAAUAAACUGACUACAAUCAGUUGUCAGUUUUCCAUAUGGAUCCUUGAUGUGUCAUUCAUGUUUUACUGUCCUUUUUUCUACACAUCAGACAUCUUCUGCACUAUAUUUUUUCAUAA